CGUGGCAGCCCAAAGUCAACGCUGUAGUGUAAGGGCCUGCCUGUGGAGGCGCUACACCCCCUCCGCUCAAGUCAUGCCCCCUCCCUCUGUGGUCUCCCACCACCACCCACCCUCUCUAGCUGUGGGUUUUCUUGCAAGCCCCAGCCAUUCUCCCACCCCCCGCCCCAGGUGCAACUGAUGCUGCUCAGCGCUUCCCACCUCCCAACACCUACCUGCCGCAAAACCCACGACUCCUCUUUUCUUCCUUUAUCCCCCUCUUUCUAGCACUCUUCCUCUUCUACAUCUUCCGCAGCUCCUUGCAUCUCGCUUUCCCCCAACGCCCCUGGAACGGCAACGGCAUUUUCUUUAUACUUGGCUCGGCUUCUUUUAUUCCUUCUUUUAUUCCCUCCGAUUCCGACUUCUUCGUCUUCAUUUCUUUUACCUCCCCACACUUGCCCUUCACCUCGCCGUCCUGAGAGACAUACACUUUUUAGUCUUCUUUUCAUCCUCUAUCCCCUUCUUUCCAGCCUCUCCCAGCCGCCGAAUGCCUUCCGUGCUCUGAAAUUAUUUUUUCUCCCGCCACCCGGGCUCUCCUCAGUUGCUAACAACGCUGUUGACAUUGUAGGAUCAGUUCAAGGCCCCCUUCAGCGCUUCCUAGGAUCCCCUGUUGGUUCAGCGACGCCUCCGCUUUUCCCACCAUCAGUCGAUCCGCGCAUCUUGGACUCACUCCACCUGCCAAACUCUUUCAUUGCCAGGUUCAUUGUCACCCAUGCAAGCCUUCCAGCCAUCGGAAACUCCCUCCGUCGAGUCCUCAUACCUGCAAUCGCUUAGCAGGAACAACGCAACCGCCCUAGAAGACGCCAUCUUUGAGAACUACAACGCUGACAGUCUUGAAUUGUCGCCCAAUAUGGAUGGUAGCCGCCGCGAGUCCUUUGCUGCCGGCCCUUCUCUCUUCUCCCCCAAGUCAGAAGACUGGCAAGGCGUUGAUAUGCAAUCUAUCCCUUCCGGCAACCCCUUUGUGGACCAGCAGCAGAAUGUGAACGUCACUAGCUUUGGCCAAGGAGCGACUCAUGAAUUCAACCCGCAGGCAGCCAUGUGGCCUAUGCGUGGCAAUGUCUCUGGAACCUCGCCACAGCAAGUUGAAAACAUCACAGAAAUGGACCCCACGUUCCAAAUGAUGGGCGCUACAAUGUCAUUCAAUCAUCCGAAUAUGUUCACGCCCGCAACAGGCCAAAUGAAUCACAACAUGGCUGCUGCCAUCGUACCCAAAGAAUGGAGCCGAUCAUCGCAUAUGCCAGCAAGGGAACAGCAAACAGCCCAGUCCAUUAGUGAUGCUCGCCAAGAAGGUAUCCGCAAGCGCAACACUCGCUUCGAAAUCCCCCCUGAACACAACCUUGGCAACAUCGAUCAUCUUAUUGCUCAAUCCACUGAUGAACAUCGCAUCAAGGAGCUUAAAGCUCAAAAGCGUUUGUUGCGUAACCGCCAGGCUGCUCUUGACUCCCGGCAGCGUAAGAAGCUACACACUGAGCGUUUGGAAGAUGAAAAGAAGCAGUUUAAUGCAGUUGUGGCCGACAUGGAAGUUGAGCUCAAUGCUGCCAAGGCGGAACUGGAGCGCCUCCGCCGUGAGAAUCAAACUUAUGUUGGCUACGCGGACAACAUGGCAGCCCAAAAGGAAGAAAUGAUCCGCGCCCACACCGUGGAGGCUCGAGAGCUGCGCAAGAAAAAUGCCCUUUUGACGGAGCACAUCCAACGCCUUGAAGGCAAUGUUACCACACCAACUUCCCCGUCCAAUGCUUUUGAUGCCGGAGACUUGAGUGACAUGGCUAUGCCUGGCAACUGGGACAGCUCAACAUUUGCGGCAGGGAACUUCACCUCUGGUACACUCGUCGAAAAAUCAGAAACCACAAAAGUUGACACUGCUCUACCUACUGCUGAUGUCGACCAUGACAAGGCGUCGUCUCAAGGCGGCCUUCUCUUCAUGCUUUUCCUUGUCGGCGCCUUCGUCAUGUCUAGCAGGUCUGCUAACCCAACAAUCCCUCGAGCAUCUGAGGAUAUCCGCCAGGCAUCUGCAGCACUCCUUGACACCGUUUUGAGAGAUGCAGGUAUCACCCAGCUCGCCGAUACAAUUCAAGCUGCUGGUCCACAGCCCUCAGGUGUGAACUGGCAAAGCCCUUCUGCUCCAGUAGACACUUCAUCGCUUGAAGGCGCGGCCAAUAAUAUCCUUCCCCGCACUGGUGAUCAGCAGUCGUUUGCAAUGGCAGCCGAACAGUACAGUGGGAUGAGUGAUCAAGAGUUCCUCCAGCACCUCAAUCCUCCACAAGACCACCGGGUUCCCAACCAAGGCCGCAAGAGUCUAGCGGAAGCCCUUGAAAAUCUGCAACAGACAAGUAGACAAGCCGGUAUGGCUGAGGUCUACACUAGAAGUCUGCUUUGGAACAAGGUCCCCAACGACGUUGUUCGCAACUUUGCGAAGAUGGUUGUUGAGGGUAGCCACGGACCACAGACCGAAUAGCAGCAAUGCAACAUAAUGUCAUGAACGAAAAGAGGACAGCAUCUUUGAGAGCGACAAAAACGACCAACAUGACAACGAAAGAAUGACGAUAUUUCAACGAUAAUGAACCUUUUAACGGCUUGUUUCUUUGUUUCUUCUUCCUUUAGUGCGACAUUCAACGUAACUGUGCGAUUUAUCCGCUUUUUGAUCACUUUUCCUGUUUGUGUUUUUCGGAGGAUAUAUUUGGAAUUCGCAUGGUUUUGAGGGCUGUUACGAAAGUCGGACCUGAACCUACUACACAAAUGACGACGCUCUCAUGCAACCUACAUUAUCAGACAAGCGGCUCACGCACCCACAACUUUGGUUGUAUCCAAAGUAUCUCAAUCCAAGGUUGAGUUUGUUCACCACCAUUUGCGAAUUUUUUUUAAGCGAGGAUAGCAAGCGAGCAUCUGAUUUCUUUGUCUUUUUACUGGGUUUAAAUGGACUUUUCCUUUUGAUUUAUUCAGUGGAAAUACCCCCGUGUCCUCGCGCAGCGAGGGCCGGACUACCGUGGGCUUGCAAGGGUAGGCUCUUGGUAUUGGUAUAUCAUAUGAUUCUUCUGGAGCAUAUUUAUUCGUGCGCUUCCAAAAGAACGAUAUACAAGAAACGCACCGAUAAUACUUCGGUACGAUCUAGUGUCAUCUCGAUGGCAACUAAACGCCUCUGAAGCAUGUUGGGUCUGCUUUUUCACCAAUGGACAUGCCAUUCCAAGACACGACGUCUUGCCUCUCUACUCUUUAACGACUUUGAUGAUUUUAUCUUGGACAACAAGAAUGACCAAACUUUAGUAUUUUCAGCUACAUAGUUUUAUUCCUAAAUUCUACAUUCAUUUCAUACCUG